CCGGGCUCCCCCCUCAACGCCACUCCACCCAACCCUCCAAAAGAGGAGACUCUCAGCGACCGUCCGAUCUUCAUCUUCCGAAAUCCAUGCCUCUUGCUUUUCCGCUUCAAAACCAGGCAUCAGGCGCUAGCGAAGGUGACCUUCCCGUGCGAGCAGCAGCAGAGCCAAAGAAAUUUUAAUGGGCGGCGGCAGUUCGGCGAGCAGCAGUGGGGAGGAGGACGGCGACGCCGAAUGGAAGGCGGCCAUCGAUUCCGUCGCCGCCGUCAACUUCGGCGUCUCCACCUCCAAUCGCCCCGCCACGCCCCAAUCGGUCGCCGGCGGUUCGACGGCCCCGGACGACCCCCGCAACGGGCAGCUAAAGAAGUCCCAAACCCCUGGUCUCAAGCUCUACCAGAUCAAGGCACAAAAGCUUCUUGAUGAUCUGUUAGAGAAGAGUCUUGAGAUGGUGAUAAAUCCUAUCCCUCUGUCCAAUGACAUUCCUCAAUCAAAUGGUGGUGGCAUUCAGUUAUUCAGAAAAGCACCUCCUGGCAUAAUUUUGGAUCCCAUUGUCAUCCUUUCUUUGGUGCAGUUCAGAUGCCAACUUCAAUCUGUCGUUGUUGAUGGCAAUAAUAUUAUGGAUGCAGCGAGAGAGGCAUGCCAGCGAUCUUUGGCUAGAUUUGAAGCUAAAGAAGCUGCAGCAAAGGCAGCAACCAAGAAAGAGGAAGAAAGAGUUUUGGAACUGAAAAAGGUCAGAGGAGAGAAAUGGCUUCCUUCCAUUGCAAGAGAAAUGCAGGGCAAAACUUGAACUCACUGAGGAUGGGGAAGGACAGAAGUUGGCAGCUGAAUUGAAUUCUAUCAGAUCUUCAGAAGCGAAAAGUGCAUUCAGUUUUACCUGAAUGCAGUUGGCAUCGAUUAAUUGAGUAUAGGAAUCAUUCUAUGCUGAUUUCCAUUUGAUAAAUGUGUCACUGUUGGAGGUAUGCUGACUCAUUUUAUACUUUGAGCUUCAUUUACCAAACCUCAAACAUUCCCAUCUUUUGCCGGUGGGGCUCGGGUCUGGCAUAGUGGUUACCUGUUAGUAGAUUCAUGUGUAAUAGAUUAAUGUAGCAUCCUGCUGAAAUGAAGCAAUUUUCUUAUUUACAAGAAUGAAAUUCAGUGGCACAGGAUGAGAACUGGAGGGAAAUUUUGCACUGCGUGGAUGUCUCAAACAUCCAAAUGUGCAUAAUGUUAAGGCUCCAUUUAUU